GGCUGAGCGCACACACACUCUCUCACACACACUCAGAGCAGAGGCAGAGAGAGGAACGCGGAGCGAGUGAGAGGUCGGGGUUCCUUCAUUGGUUUUUUCUCACUUGCAUGAACACGACCGUAUACUACUCCCCCCCCCUCCCAGCCCCAAGGAUCUAAAGAUGUGGACAGAAGUCGGAAAGCUCGUGCUGCUGCAUCUGUUACUCACGGAGCUCCACUGCGCUAAAGGAACUCAUACGGAGUCGGAGUGUGAAACCGGGCAGUUUCAGUGCAAGAACGGACGGUGCAUCCCGACCCUGUGGAGAUGUGAUGAUGAUGAUGAUUGCUCAGACAGCAGCGACGAGGAGAACUGUCCAAAGAAGACCUGUGCGACCACAGACUUCGCCUGUAAGAAUGGACAGUGUGUUCCUGCUAGGUGGCGCUGUGACGGAGAGCCAGAAUGUGCAGACGGUUCAGACGAGGCUGAUGCAAUCUGCAGCAGACAGACCUGUCCACCGGAGAAGUUUGAUUGCGGAGGGGCUGCCAGCAAAUGCGUUUCGUUGUCAUGGCGAUGCGACGGCGAGAGGGACUGUGAGAACGGGGCAGACGAGGAGCAGUGCGCUGCAGAUGCCAAGGCCUGCCCCUCCAAAGAUUUCCAGUGCCGUAACGGGAAGUGUUUGUCGCCUAUCUUUGUGUGUGACGGCGAUGAUGACUGUGGGGACGCCAGCGACGAGGAGAAGUGCUCAGCUCCCACCUGCGGUCAGCACGAGUUCCGUUGCAAUGACUCGGAGUGCAUCCCCGCCCUGUGGACGUGUGACGGCGACCCAGACUGCAAGGACAAAUCGGACGAGUCCAUGGAGCGUUGCAGCCGAAGGACGGAGCCCCAGAAACCCCGCUGCCCGGUGGGCGAGUUCCAGUGUGGGAGCGGGGAGUGUGUCCACAUGAACUGGAAGUGUGAUGGAGAUGCAGACUGCAAGGAUAAAUCUGAUGAAGCAAACUGUCCCCUGCUUACAUGUCAGCCUGAUGAGUUCCAGUGUGGCGACGGCUCCUGUAUCCAUGGCACCAAACAGUGUAACAAAGUUCACGACUGUCCGGACUACAGUGAUGAAGCUGGCUGUGUCAACGUUACAAAGUGUGACGGGCCCAGAAAGUUCCGCUGUAAGAAUGGGGAGUGUAUUGACAGCAGCAAGGUGUGCGACAAUGUGAAAGACUGCAAGGACUGGUCUGAUGAACCCAUGAAGGAGUGCGUCCUGAAUGAGUGUGCAGACAACAAUGGUGGCUGCUCCCACAUCUGCAGGGACCGGAGAAUUGGUUAUGAGUGUGAUUGUCCUUCUGGCUACAAACUCCUGGACAAAAAGACUUGUGGAGACAUAGAUGAAUGUGAGAAUUCAGAUGCCUGCAGUCAGAUCUGCAUCAACUAUAAAGGAGAUUAUAAGUGUGAGUGCUACGAAGGCUACGAGAUGGACCCUACCUCUAAGACCUGCAAGGCCGUAGGAAAGAGUCCGUACCUGAUGUUCACCAACCGCCAUGAGAUCCGUCGCAUUGACCUGCUGAAGAAUGAAUACACACAAGUGGUUCCCACCUUGCAAAACGCUGUGGCCCUGGACGUAGAUGUUUCCACCAACAGGAUGUUCUGGUGCGAUUUAUAUCAUCGUAAAAUAUACAGUGCUUACAUCAACAAGGCCAGUGACUCAUCGCAGCAGGUGACGCUCAUCGACUCGCUCCACUCCCCCGAGGGCCUGGCGGUCGACUGGGUCCAUAAGAACAUCUACUGGACCGACUCGGGCAACAAGAGCAUCUCCGUUGCCACGGGAGACGGCAGGAAGAGAAAAGUGCUGAUAGCCACUGAGCUGAGCGAGCCGCGGGCCAUCGCAGUGGAUCCACAACAAGGGUUUAUGUACUGGUCAGACUGGGGAGGCCAGGCCAAAAUUGAGAAGGCUGGGAUGAACGGAGUGGACCGACAAGUUUUGGUGUCUGAGCACAUCGAGUGGCCCAAUGGCAUCACCCUGGACUUGUCCAACCGGCGUCUGUACUGGGUGGACUCCAAGCUGCACCUGCUGUCUAGUGUGGAUCUGAAUGGAGACAACCGCAAAGUGCUGCUGUCCUCUCAUCACCACCUGGGACACCCGUUUGCCCUCACCGUGUUUGAGGAUCGCAUAUAUUGGACGGACUUGGAGGAUGAAGCGAUAUACAGCGUCAACCGACUGACGGGGCGUGAUGUGGCGAAGGUGGCAGAGCACCUCAACAAUCCCCUGGAUCUAGUGGUGUUUCAUGAACAGAGGCAGCCAAAGGCCCCUGACACCUGCAAUAUAGGCAGUCUGCCUAACGGUGGCUGUGAAUACCUCUGUCUGAAGGCCCCUCAGAUCACAGAUCACUCCCCCAAGUACACCUGUGCCUGUCCUGAUGGCAAGGAACUGGGACCGGACAUGAGGCGCUGUGCUAUAGUUCGACCCAGAACAACCACAGCAGCUGCUCCAACCACCACCGCCGCCACCCCCACCACCACAACUCCCACCCCAACCACUACAACAAGCACUACAACAACUAGCACAACUGUUACCGCCACCACAACUCCCACCACCACCACCACCAGAAGCACCACCAGCACCUCUGCUGUUACCACACUCAGGCCCACAACCAGACGCCUGACGACAGCAGCCUCUCCUCAGACCCCCAGGAGCAUCUCUACGGUGCAGACUCGGACCCCCGCCGCCACGAGUACAGAGACGACCAGUUUCAGCAGCACGAGUCAGACAUCAACAUCCACGCGCACACCUCUGUUAGGCCCGGUGGCCCCCAACAGCAUCCAGAGAGAGAGCAACGGCAACCUUUCCCACAGAGCUGCAGGUGAUCACUACCUCAUAGGUAACAACAUCACAGUAGCUGUUCUGGGGAUAGUCAUUCCUAUCGUCCCUAUCCUUGCCACAGUGGUCAUCGGAUUGCUCUGCACCGGCGGAUACCUGGUUUGGCGCAACUGGCGACGCAAGAACACCAAGAGCAUGAAUUUCGACAACCCCGUUUACCGCAAAACCACGGAGGACGAUGACGACGAAAUCCACAUCGGCCGACACAGCGAGUCCAUCGGUCACGUCUACCCAGCACGCGUGGCACUCAGUCUGGAGGAUGAUGGCUAUCCCUGAGGGGUGGGAUGCAGCCUGCCCUCCCCCAAACCCCAUCCUGGCCCCUCCUCUCACCACAGCCUCUACACCACUACAAUGAGGCCAGUACAACGCAGAGGAGAAGGAGAAGGAGUCCUCAUUUUGCCUCCCCUUUUAAGGAGCAGGGUUGACAUGUACAUCUCAUAAAAGCCCUUCCUCUCCUACUUUCUCCACUGGAGUAACAAUACUACCACUACUAGCCACUAUACUACUUCCUUUAGUGCUAGUUAUUAGUAGCCUCUGCUCCGCUCCUCUCUUCUCUCUGCCUCUUGUUAGUAUUAGUGGUGUAUAAAAUGCUGCUUGAUGAUUUUGUUCAAACUAACCUCAUUCAGCUGCACAUUGUAAACAGAAAAGCCGCCUGGCCACCGUACAAGGGGAAACAGCCAGCGUGCAUUAUUUUGAAUUCCUCAUAUUUUGACCCUUUAUUUAUUUGUAUGUGUUUGCUGUUGUAAAUAUGUAAUCAGCAUCUCUCAGUGCACAGCGCAGAUUUUGUUCAAGUUUGCGAGGAUAUACUCCAGUAGUAGGCAAGCAUGUUAUCUAUCUUCAUAGUUCCCUUUACAUCUUGAGUUGGUAAGACAGAUUUUUUUUUAAAAGGGGGAAUGUCAUCCUUUUUCACACACAACCCCUCAGAUCCGGCCCCAUUCUGUACGUUGGGAAAGAAAGCUAUAGUCAAGAGGAAAGGAGACAUAAAAAAAAUAAUGGGGUUGUCUCCAUGUUUGGAGGUUAUUUUGGGGUGAAAGACUAAGGGAGUUUGCUUUUUUUUUUUUUUUUUCUCUCUUCUUCCCCGAAGGGAAUGGUUUAGUGGGUUUGUGCUACCAGAGGGUUAGUGCAUCAAGGCAAAAAGCGGCAGGGCAGAAAAGGCAAAGGAGUCUGGGUAAUCCUCUCUCCUGGUGUUUGCAUACAGUCUAUAAAGAACUCGGGAUUGUUUGUUCGUUUGCAGCACGUCAGGAUUCAUGCGUUCGUUCCUGACUUUUUGUUUGUGUCUGCUACCAUCAAUGAAUACGCAAAACACACUUUUAAUCACUAUUUUAGAAAUUCACAAGACUGGACAGUGUUUAAACUAUGUGUUUUCUGUGGAUUAGUGGUUGUAUCUGUAUACAUUUAAAAGCAUAGUUGCACACACUGUAUCGGCAUCCCUGUAGUAAUGAAGCAUUAAAAAAAAUUACAUAUGAGAAAGCAAGGCGAUUCAGGGAAUAAGAGAGGUUCUGCACAACUACAUCGGUUUUUUAUUUUUGACUGCUAAAUGUUUGAAAUGAAGAUUCAGUUGCGACCUGAUGUAAGGUUUUGUAAACAAAUAUCAGUGUAGAAGAGAAGAGGACAUCAAAUAUGUUCUAGGUUCCACACAAACAGUAUAUCCUGACACAGAGCAAGAAAUAGGACAAUGAAUGGAGACCAGAGAAAGGUGAACAUGUGUAUUUUGCGUUGAGCUACUGACAUAAAUAUUAUUAGAGAUAGACAACCGAGUGUUAGUUUUAUCUGUUUUUGCUGUAUUUAUGGCUCUUAUAGGCUGUAACAAUACAUUAUUCUAAUGAGUAUCUCCCAAAAUAUCACUUAUGCUUUGAUGUGAAAUAACUUCUUUCAAAACCUAAAUUUACAGUUUGAAACUAAUGCAAAACACAGACAUUAGUGUUUGAACUUGAGCACACUCUAAAGUAACUGCACACCACUGUUUCCAGUGAUUCAGAGCCUUCCCUUUUUAACAGUGUAGCUCGGUGUUUUCUGGAUGAGAUGGUGUAGGGAAAAAAAGCCCACAUUUAGGAGUAACUUACUGCUGUCACUGACUGUGAGUGGUUGUGUUUUGUAUGAACAGAUGACUAACAUGCCAAGGCUGACUGAGCCAAGCGCUGAUUUGAUUUGAAAGCCGGACAGAGAGGUAAUGUGUAAACCAGCGUAAAGAGACGAUCUUCCAGUGGCUUGCCACAGACAUGGUUCCAGCCCAUUGAAUCAGAUGGAAUUUAUGCCCAGUGAAUAUCGCACUGAUUGCUCAUAAUGGCUUGUAAAAAGUGAAUUACUAGAAGUCGUCAUGACAGAAUAAAAUGAUAGCUGUUACACGUUGUCAUGGCAAAUUAACAAAUUUCCUAGUCUGGAUGUCGUUUAGUCUUAAGAAAGGGCAUUUUGACGAUGUUAAGCACACUUAUAAUGCAUGAAAUACGGUUUGGAGCUGUUUUUCAUUGUCCUAACUAUACACACUACACUUGUCUUCCAUUCUUAGAUAACAAAUACUGAACAAUGUUGCAUUUGAAAUGCAACAUCGUUCAGUAUUUUUAUUUGUAAAGUAUUUUUGUUUGUCGCAUCCUCUUUUCAUAAACCUGAUAUACUGAAUAUCAAGCAAAAAACUUUAGAGUCUUGGGCUCAGUAUAGGCUCAGCAUAUGCAGUCAUGCAACUAUAUAAACAGUGCAAAGAAACAAAAGAAAAUCUGAUUAGUGGUAGAUAUAAUUCGCAGGUCUCACUUUGUCUUGGAAAGGUUUUCUUAGUGCACACGCUCGGGUAGUCACCACGUAGAACGAGAGCGUACAAACAGACAGAGACAAAGCUGGGCAGGAAAUGAUCACUAGGAUUUAGACGACACCAUAUGCAAACAGGUCUGUAUUUGAAUAUGAAUGCUGGGUCAUUUGUUUUCGCCGGAUUUCUACUGAUGUUGUGCCACCGUAUUGUGACACUCGCUCCUCUCGCCUCCGUCAGUUCACGGCGCACGGGAGGCGAUCCGUAUGUACUGUAUGUGACAAGUGGCAUGCCUGACGGAUAAAUCGUAGUCCUCUUAAGCACCGCACGCCCCUACGUCUGUCUAACGAAAGAGGAUUGAGCACAAGGGGGAGGCCAUCUCUCUUCAUCGUGACCUUGUACAGAUGAAGCAAAAUAAAAUGCAUUACGUGGUGGUGGUGGUGGUGGUGGGGGACUGUGACUCAGCUCAGCAUGAUCCUCCUGAUCCUAGACUGGUGUGGUAGGCUCCUGCAGUGUUUCCAUUUUCCAGGUUAAAUGGACACAGCUCCAUUUUGGUAUAAACUCUGGUCAUUUUUAAAUAUAAUCAGGGGUUUUCAUGGUCGUGGGGAUUGUUAUGAAUACUCACAAUUUCAUAACUUUUCAUAUAAUCCUAACCUGAAGAUAAUUAUGACAGAUGCCAGGGAAGAUUGCCCAGGUCGGGUAUAUUUGGGAAAUUAAAAUAAAUUAAAUCACAAACCCACUGCUCUGCACUCCACACUCUACUUCAUGUCGAUGUUUGCUUCAGGUCUAAUGGAGUUCCAUACUGAGGGUUUGCAGUUAGGAGAAUAAAUUGCUCAUUUAUUGAGGUGAGGGAGCGUGGCACUGUAGAAAAGUUAUUAUUGCUACAAUGCGAAGACCGAUUGGGUGGUCCACUUUGUGGCCACCUUGAGAGCAACCGACUAUACUGAAGGACGCUGGAAAAAGUCAGGAAAAGGGGCUUUUGUUAUGCAUAACAUAGUAGGUAGUAAUUGUAGUGGCAGUAGAGGACAGGCUUUGACCACGUGCUUUCUGGGCAACUGCUGCAUCGCUGUCCAUAUUUAAAGGGAGCAUUUUGGCGCCAGUCGAUGCUCUAGUGUCGGCAUCAUCAUAGUUUUACAAUGCGUCAACACCAUAAACGACAAGUUGCAGUUAUAAGGAUCAGUUUGAGCACUCUGUUGAGUUAUUCAGUUAUUGUACUACAGGUACCAUGUUGUAUAGGGGUGUGUGUGUGUGUGUGUGUUUUUCUCACUCCAGGUCAGUUUUUUUUUGUUCAUUAUUUACUGUUUAUAAGUGUUUCAGUGUUAUAACCCAGUCAAUGCUGCUUUGGAGAUCCAUGUGCAACACGAAACAAGAUAUAUUGCACAGAGUUACUUAACACUCAGCCACAACUGUAUUAAGUGCAGUAAAUUUAACUUGUUAACAUGUUGAAUUUAAGAGGUCCCUAAAAACUAAAUAGUCAGUUGCACCAGCAGUUCUUGAUGUCUAACUUAGCCAGGUUGUAACCUCAGUGGGGUAUAACAGGGGUAUAAACUUGUUCCUAUUUAGAGAUUAGUUGUUACCAAAUAUUAAAACCAAGUAGCCGCACGGUGUAACCAACUCACAAAGCUAACGUCAGCUCGCUAAUAUACUAUCCAUUUAGGUUGAAGAAGGGGUAAUGAGAUACGGCUGACACAUCUAGCCGACACUGUAUACCUCAACUGACAGUCAGUGAGACUAAAUGGCCACAUAAUAUCACUUGGUUUAGCAUAUUCAGAUAUUUCCUACUCAUUCUGAGUCUUAGGAAAGCUACUAACUAACUCCUCUCUAAAUUUACAAAAAUGGCAUUCAAGUUUAAUAUACCUCUCGACCCCCUAAUAUAGCUAUUUUUGGCUGCAUCUUCAAGGUGUGUGAUGCUACGGUAACUUCCUGUUUACAUCUUUGAUUGCUUUUCCUUGGACAACACUGUCUCCUAGCAAUCGAUUUGCACGUUACCAAAACCUCUAUCAGCUAAGACUUUGCUCAAACUUUAGUGGUGAAACCAGAUUUAGUAAAUUACUAGUUCCACACUAGUAACUUUUGAAGGACUUUAUUCAAACAAACAAACACACACACAUACUUAGUGAUGGAUUCACAAACUGUUGGUGCAACCCAGUCGUAAUUUUAGAUCUAAACAUUCACUCUGCCUAGGAUGCUAGUUAGGCCUGUUCAUCUGAAUAUUUACCUCUUAAUUUAAACUAAUACGCAAAAAGUCCUAAUGCAUAAUAAGCAGCUUAUUGUCACAAGUGGUCAAAAUAAAUUGUGUCAAACCUUCCGUGACAAAGUUGAGUCUGGUUUAUUUUAUGGAAAAGAUGUUACUAGCUGAUCAAAGCAAAUACUAACAGUCCUGAUACCCCAUUAUCUAAUGUGAUUAUAGUGCCCCUGAUUUGUGGUCCCCGUUUUUAAAUGUCCUGCCGCUUGUCCUUUCUUCCCUCUGUGCACUCUUUUAACCCCAGACUUCACUGAGCAGAGAGCCUGACCCAUGACCCAGUGAAUGCUUUCUAACACCACUCACAUCUCUCCGCCCCUUUACUUCCUCAUGCACUGUACGAAACUAAUGCCAGCUGUGGGGCUUCAAGUGUUUACGUCGUCGUCGUGCUACUGAUUUUAGUUUAGAGAGCAAAGCCGGCAUUGCUUUCUCCGUGCGCUCUCAUCCUCUUGCCCUUCCCAUCUUCAUCUCUGCCAUUGACAUCUUUCCCAUGGCGAGGGCUGUCAGUCUUUGGGUAGACACACACACACACACACACACACACACACACACACACACACACAGACACACACAGACAGACAUAAACACACCGGAAGAAUGGCGAAGAAAAGAAACUGUAGGGAAAUAACCUGGAACUCCCCCAAAACACAAGGAAACCCCCAGAGCUGAGAAGAAAAAAGGCUCCCAAUCGCAAACCAGUGACCAGGUGGACGAGCACGCUCAGCCAGGAGAAGCAGCCCCCCCUCUCCCCCCUCACCCGGCUACAGUUUUGGAUCCUCAUUGACUCUACUUGGCUGGCAUUUAGCUCGUGUUGACCCAGUGACUUUCCUUCACCAACUGGUUCUUCUUAUUAUCAUGUGGUUUCUUUGGACUGUAAGUCUGUAAGUGCAUUGUAGUUGUUGCUCUUUUUCUCCUCACCAGACCGUUCCCAGUUUCAUCUUUGAUCUACUUGAUGUUUGAUUACUUGAAGGGCAGUGUUCCGUUGCCUACAUUUUUCUACCAGUCAGUGUACAAUGAAGGUUAUGGGGAAGAAGGCGGUGACGGGGGGGGGGGGUUGUGUAAUCUGUUUGUGUGAAUCUUUUUAUGGGGCGGGGUGAUGAUAUACAUUUUGAUAAAAAAACUGUAUUGUCACAGAUUUGAACUUUUCAAUUCAACAGUGAUGGAGGUGGGAGAAAAUCAAUUCAAAUAUAAGAAACUAUUGGUUCCAAUUUUUGCAAAAACGGUCUACCUGUAUCUCCUCAAAAUGUUGCUGAUGUGUCAUUGCCUGCAAGGAAAUCUCAAAAAACCAUUCGGGGCUCAGUCCAUUCCGCAGCCAUACGACAGGCUUUUUUUUUUUUUUUUUUACGCUGUUUGUUGCACAAAACUUUUCAAAAAGCCUUCUGCACUGUGUAAAGAGAUAACGUUCUUAGGAGGGGAGGAAAAAAAAAAAAGGGAGGUGGUCCAAUGGUACAGUCCAAUGGUUUUGAAUCAUGACUUGUAAAUACGUUUUCAUACAGCAAAAACUUUUUGAUAAUGUUUUAAAUGUAUCUGUAAAAAAAGAUGUACAUAAACCUCUGGGGUAAAAACGAGUGUAGACUAUAUAUGAAUUUAUUUGUACACAAGAGCACUGGAUUUCUUUACUACUUGAUUGUAACUAAAAAUUAAUAAUCUGCCAAAGUGUUUUUAUUUUACUUUUUCUCCUGACUGUUCCGUUUGUUUUGUUUUGUUCUUUUCUUUUGCUUUUUAACAGCAUUGCAAAUUUGUUAGUGUUCAUACUGUAUUUAAUUCUGUUAAAUAGAUUUGCUUGUGUUUUUAAAAAAAAAAGAGGGGUUUUGAUUUUAAUUUAUUGGUGCCUUGUUUUGUGCUCCUGUAUACUUUCUCUUUCUGUUUUUCUGUG